AUGAGCAUCCAGUCCCCAGACAGACUAUUGAAACUGGCAAUUCAAAGUCUGCUGAGAGACAAGACCUUGACCAUGAGGGCUGUGGAGGAUUUGCCAGGGGAGCUCUUCCCACCAGUGUUCAUGGAGGCCUUUACCAGGGGACAUGCUGAAGUCCUCAAGGCCAUGGUGCUGUCCUGGCCCUUUCCCUACCUGCCCCUGGGAGUCCUGAUAAACAUGUGGAAACCAAGGAUGUUAAACACUCAGCUGGAUGUUGAGCAGGUGCAGAACAGGAUGUUACAAGCCAUGCUGGGUGCAGUGGAUGUGCUGCUGAGCCAGAAGCUUUGUUCCAGGAGGCUGAAAUUGCAAGUGCUGGAUAUGCGGGAUGUGCACCAGGACUUCUGGAAAGUCUGGGCUGAAAACCAGUUAGAAGUGCGCUCCUCAGAAGUCAGGAGGAAGACAAAAACAGAGAAGACUCUGCCAAGAGUAGCAAAAAAGCAGCCUCUCAAAGUGAUGUUAGACCUGUGGCUCAGUGAUAUUGGCAUGAAUCCAUUCGCAUUCCACCUCCUCGAGUGGGCCCAGAAGAGGGAAGAUCUGGUGCAGCUGGAAUGUACAAGGCUGAGGAUCACAAGCAAUUGCUUGCAAAAGAUCACUCAGCUCUUGGAAAGCCUCAACCUUGAUUCGGUGCAGCAAGUGGAUGUGGAUGAGUGGGACCUUCCCACCCUGGCUUAUUUUGCCCCUUACCUAGGCCAGAUGCAAAAUCUCCACACACUAAUGCUCUCUUACUUUUCUAUGCACGCCAUCAUUUCCCCAGAGAAGAUAGAGCAGAUGAUCACCCAAAUCACUUCUCAUUUUGUAAAGCUUCACUGUCUUCAGGAGAUUUAUAUCGACACUGCCUUCUUCCAGGAAGGCUACCUGGACCAGGUGCUCAGGUGCCUGACAUCCCCCUUGAAAACCCUCUGGAUAAGAUACUGCCGAAUUUCAGACUCCAACUGGAACCAGCUGCCGCACUGUCCAAGCAUCAGACACCUGAAACACUUGGCUCUGUAUGGUUUGGACCUGACUCAUAAGCUUGAUUCCCUUAGAUAUCUCCUGGAAAGCAUUGCAGCCACUCUGACCACCCUACACUUGCAGGUCUGUGGAAUCAUGGAAGUUGAGUUCUUGGACUUUUUGCCUGCCUUGAGUCACUGCUCCCAGCUCACUACCUUCAGCUACAUGAGGAACUCCAUGUCUCUAGCCACCCUGGAGAGGCUGCUGUGCCACACUGCCGGGAUGAGCAACUUAACACUGGAGCUGUACUCACCUCCUGAAGAAGUUUACAAUCCCAGGCACAAUGUCCACCUGCCGAGCCUGAACCAGAUGUGGAAACUGCAGGCACUGGAUCUGAGGGACAUGCACCAGGACUUCUGGAUUGUGGGGCUCAGAGCCAUGGCUCGUACCUGGACACCAGAUAAUGAACGUAGGGACCAGAAAGUGGAUGACCAUAUGGUGCCGGUGAUGACAGAGAUUCUCAGCAAGAGCAGGGACCUCAGUGGAUUCCAAACCUGUCUUUUGAGUGGGUCCAGCAGAGAGACAUUUGGUUCACUUGUGCUGCGACCACUCACCUGGGUACGCUAUGGCUGCCGCGCUCCUCCUCCCGCACCAGCAGGGCCUCACUCCUCGGUCACCGUGGUCUCCUUCUGCUCCCUCACUUCAGGAGGGGCUGCUGCUGCUGCCUUUUUGAAGAAGCAGAGGGGAACCCUGACGGGUCUAAAGGAGAAAUCCGGGCCACUGUUCAGUUCUCCAACACCCACAGCAGGCUUCCAGAAGAUUCCCUAG